CGCAGCAUGGAUCCAUUGGAAGAUUUUCUCAUUGGCUUUAAUAUAUUAAUUAUGAAUGAAAUUAAUGAGAAUCUUUUACCUUUAGCUGUAAUUCGUGAUUUAUUUGUGGAAGACAAUGAGAACGACGAUGAAAUAGAGAAUAUUGCUAUUAAUGCAGUUAUUGAAAUGGCUGAAGGUAUCAUUCAAAGAAGACGUAGAACAUGUAUAACUAAUUAUAUUGAACAAAUAGUGCCAAUGUAUACCGAUGAAGAAUUUAUUAUGCAUUAUCGUUUAAAAAGAAUGCUUUUCAGAAGCAUGGUGGACAGAUUUAGUUAUUGGGCACAUUUUAGAAAUCUAGGAGAUGGACUCACAUUGUCAUCCAUUGGCCUUAGCUAUACAGAAAGGUAUAAAAGAAAGGUAAUUUGGUUAAUACAUAUGUUCAUCAAACAACAUUCAUCUGAUCAAAAAGAAAAAUCAAUAUGUUCAUAUUUAAUUUUAUUGAUUCAACUUUAGGUUUUGUACUACAUUCGAAAAAGAAGAAUUGAUAAUUGCCAGCUGUUUGCAUCCCAAAUUGAGUUGGUUAGCUGAAGAUAAGUGAAAACUUGCGCAAACGUAUUUAGAAGAUUUAUAAGGAAUUCCUUCAAUUAAAAAUUUUUUGAUAUCUGAUAAGCACAAUAAUAACGAUGACUUUUUUAAUUUUAAAUAGCAAACAUCAAAUGAGAAAUCUGCCUAUGAUGAAUGGCAAUGAUUUUUAAAGUCAACAGGCACUAAUGUCCAAAUAUUAAAUUCAUAUCCACUAAUUAAGAAACUUU